AUGACAGUUGAUGAUGAUAAAUGUUUAGUGAAUGUGUUUAAUAUGUAUAAGAGCAAUAGAGAGAUACAUAUUUUUGUUGAUGUUGCGAAUGAAAACAGGGAAGUUGAUAAUAUGGUUGCAAGUAAAAAUGAAAACAGGGAGACUGAUAAUGUGGAAACACGUGUUAUAAAUGCAGAAUCUGAUGUUGGAAAUGUGGAAACAGAUGUUGUAAAUGUUCAGUUUGAGGUUGGAAAUGAGGAAACUGAUAUGGGAGAUAAUGAUAAGGAGAACGAUGAAUAUGGUUUUAGUUAUGAGGAUAAGAAUUGGAGAGGCGAUGAUGAUGUUCCUUAUUCUAGGAAUGAUUGCCAAUAUGUUGGGCCAAUUAGCACAUGUAAAGAGUGGGAUGCAAGUAGUGAUGGCUUCUCAGAUUAUCAAUCUGGGAAUGAAGGUGGUAGGAGUAGUAGUGAUUCUGAUAAUGUAGAGAUUAUGAAUGGUGAUAGCAAGCGAAAGAGAAAAUCCAAAGUGUAUGAUACAUUUGAAUAUGAAACUGAGUUUCUUUGCAACGAAGGACCAACAACAUCACAAACAUCCCUUGGAUCACAAAGUCAUUCUAAUGCCUCACAUACAACUUCUCAAAUAAACAUAGUUGAAAGUACGACUGCAAUGGAGGGAGGGGUAAAGGGAUGUGGCAGGGGUGCUCAAUCAACUGGAGUUUAG